GAUGUCCCCUCCCUGGAGGAGAAGAUGAGCGAGCUGGAUGUGAACAACGACGAGGAGCUGAAAUUCGGCGAGUACUGGCGGCUGAUCGGGGAGCUGGCGAAGGCCAUG